ACGUGACCACACACAGCCUCCCUCUCGGGCAGCCCGGCAGCCCGUCCGCCUGCUUUCGGCUUCGCCUUCCUCUUCCACCUCCUCCUCUCGCCUCCGCGGCGCGCACCCCCGCGCACACCCAGGGAUUCCGGCCGGCGUCGAGCCCUGGGCGCUCCGCCGCCCGGCCCGGCACCUCUGCCGCAGCUGGGGCCCGACCCGCGGCCACGCAGCUGGGUGUCCUCCUCGGGCGGCCGCUCCCGCGUUCAGCUCUGGAUGCCAGCACUACGUUAGCCCAGGCGGGGAACCCCUUCUGCGGCUCCCUCCUCUAAACUCCCGCCUGUCCCGACCGCCCCCACCCCUCCACCUGGCGGGGGCGGCGCGGAAGCCAAGAGGACGCGCGCGGUGCCGGUGGGCACGGUAGACGUGUGUGCGGAUCCGGUCUCUGCUUGGCAUUCUCCCUCUUUCGCAAGUGGCGGUGCCUGGACUCUGCUUUCGGCUCCCGGAAUUGGUGCGGCCGCCCGGAGCCCCUUCUUCGCUGGCAGGGCGCUAACGGCUAUUUUGGAGAACGGUGGUGGUGGCGGCGGCGGCGGUGGCGGCAGCGGCGGUGGCGGCUGAGGCUGGUGCCCGAGAGAGCUCCAGACGCACACUCUGCUCCGCGUCGGUCCCUGUCCUCCUUCCUCCCCCUCCUCCCAUCCCUUCCUCCCCACCCCCGUCCCCCUAGCCCCACUCCUCCUCUUCCUCCUCCUCUUCCUCCUCUCCCUGCUCGGCGAUGCGAGCCUGUAUCGUGUAACAGGAUUGGCGUUGCAAUGGCAACUGAUGGAAUGGGGGAAGGCAAGACAGCAGGGCUGGGGGCUCCGGACUGCGGGCGGGCGGGCCGCUGCCGCCGCUUGACGCUGCUCCGGGGACCUUCGCGAGUUACUUUGUAAAGGCGAACCCAGGCGAGGACGCCCCUGCUCGGUGCCCCGAGUCAGAGGCCACUUCCUGCUCCGUGGCUGCCCGCGUCAGGCUCGCACCGCUCGGCACCCCCGGACCCCGGCCCGCGCCCGCUGCCAGCCCAGCGCGCCGCCGCCGCCGUAGCUGCGGAGACUCGAGCCCGCUACCCUGAAGAACACUUCGCCUCACGGCCCCCUUCCCAUCACGCCCCCUGCUCCUCCCCGGCGUCUGCGAUUUUCCCAGGCGCCCGGUGUGAGUGCGGCGUGCGUGUGAGUGUGUGUCAGGGUAUUGUGUUGUGUGUGUGUGUAUGUGUGUGUGUGUAUGAGUGUGGGGUGUGCGGGGCUCCUGCGCUCCGCUCACGGACGCUGCCGGGGAAGGACGGACAGACGGCGCUUUCUUCUUCGGCGAGCGGUUCCCGGGCACCUCGGCUCGGCCCGGGCGCGAGUGGAGCGCGCUCGGCUAGCCGCCGGCCUCCGGAAGGUCCCGCUGCGUACCCCCUGGGCUGGAUAUGUUCAUGUUCACGUGAAGAUGGAUUUAGUGUACGGUCUCGUGUGGCUGCUGACAGUCCUCCUGGAGGGGAUCUCUGGCCAAGGAGUAUACGCUCCCCCAACGGUUCGUAUUGUGCAUUCAGGCUUGGCCUGUAACAUUGAGGAGGAGCGCUACUCAGAAAGGGUCUACACCAUACGGGAAGGAGAAACCCUAGAACUGACCUGUCUGGUCACAGGACAUCCACGUCCACAGAUCAGGUGGACCAAAACAGCAGGAAGUGCCUCUGACAGAUUCCAAGACUCAAGUGUCUUCAAUGAGACUUUGAGGAUUACAAAUAUUCAGCGUCACCAAGGAGGCCGGUAUUACUGUAAAGCAGAGAAUGGCUUGGGGUCCCCAGCGAUAAAGUCAAUCAGAGUGGAUGUAUACUAUUUGGAUGACCCAGUAGUAACUGUUCAUCAAAGUAUAGGUGAAGCUAAAGAACAAUUUUACUAUGAGAGAACAGUGUUCCUCCGGUGUGUGGCCAAUUCAAAUCCACCUGUUCGGUACAGCUGGAGACGUGGUCAGGAGGUAUUACUACAAGGAUCUGAUAAAGGAGUUGAGAUUUAUGAGCCCUUCUUUACCCAGGGUGAAACCAAGAUUUUAAAACUAAAGAAUCUUCGACCUCAAGACUAUGCUAAUUAUAGCUGCAUUGCUUCAGUGAGGAAUGUAUGUAAUAUUCCGGAUAAGAUGGUGUCAUUUAGACUUUCCAAUAAAACAGCAUCUCCGUCAAUUAAACUCUUGGUGGAUGACCCUAUAGUUGUAAAUCCUGGAGAGGCCAUAACAUUAGUAUGUGUUACAACAGGAGGAGAACCUGCGCCCACUCUCACCUGGGUCAGGUCCUUUGGGACUCUGCCUGAAAAGACUGUUUUGAAUGGAGGAACAUUGACCAUACCCGCCAUCACCUCAGAAGAUGCUGGUACUUACAGCUGCAUCGCCAAUAAUAAUGUGGGAAACCCUGCAAAAAAGUCCACCAACAUCAUUGUGAGAGCAUUAAAAAAAGGACGAUUUUGGAUCACACCAGAUCCUUAUCACAAAGAUGACAACAUCCAGAUUGGGCGUGAGGUGAAAAUAUCUUGCCAAGUAGAAGCUGUUCCUUCUGAGGAGUUAACAUUUAGUUGGUUUAAAAAUGGCCGUCCAUUAAGAAGUUCUGAGCGGAUGGUUAUUACCCAGACUGAUCCGGAUGUCUCCCCGGGAACGACAAACUUGGACAUCAUUGAUUUAAAAUUCACGGAUUUUGGGACAUACACAUGUGUAGCAUCUCUGAAGGGAGGAGGAAUAUCUGAUAUCAGUAUUGAUGUUAAUAUAUCCAGCAGCACAGUUCCACCCAAUCUGACUGUUCCACAGGAAAAAUCACCUCUGGUCACCAGAGAAGGGGACACAAUAGAACUGCAGUGUCAAGUAACUGGAAAACCUAAGCCCAUCAUCCUCUGGUCUAGAGCGGAUAAAGAAGUUGCAAUGCCUGAUGGGUCAAUGCAAAUGGAGAGUUAUGAUGGAACACUGAGGAUUGUGAAUGUAUCUAGAGAAAUGUCAGGAAUGUACAGAUGUCAGACCAGCCAGUACAAUGGAUUUAACGUGAAGCCAAGAGAAGCUUUGGUGCAGCUCAUUGUGCAGUAUCCUCCUGCUGUGGAGCCAGCAUUCCUGGAGAUCCGGCAAGGACAAGAUCGAAGUAUUACUAUGAGCUGCCGGGUUCUGAGAGCGUAUCCAAUACGGGUACUGACCUAUGAGUGGCGCUUAGGCAAUAAAUUAUUACGGACGGGUCAGUUUGACUCUCAAGAGUACACAGAAUACCCAGUGAAGAGUCUUUCCAAUGAGAACUAUGGGGUUUAUAAUUGUAGCAUCAUAAAUGAAGCUGGAGCUGGGAGAUGCAGCUUCCUUGUUACAGGAAAGGCCUAUGCUCCAGAAUUCUAUUACGAUACCUACAAUCCUGUGUGGCAAAACAGACACCGUGUUUAUUCUUACAGUCUACAGUGGACACAAAUGAAUCCUGAUGCAGUAGAUCGGAUUGUUGCAUACCGGUUGGGUAUCAGGCAGGCUGGACAGCAGCGUUGGUGGGAACAGGAGAUUAAAAUAAAUGGAAAUAUUCAAAAAGGAGAACUAAUUACAUAUAACUUGACAGAGCUAAUUAAACCAGAGGCUUAUGAAGUCCGGCUAACUCCUCUCACCAAAUUUGGUGAAGGAGAUUCAACAAUUCGUGUCAUUAAAUAUAGCGCUCCUGUUAAUCCUCAUUUGAGAGAAUUUCACUGUGGCUUUGAAGAUGGUAACAUUUGUUUGUUCACCCAAGAUGAUACAGAUAAUUUUGACUGGACAAAGCAAAGUACUGCGACAAGAAAUACAAAAUAUACUCCAAACACGGGACCUAAUGCUGAUCGUAGUGGCUCCAAAGAAGGUUUUUACAUGUACAUUGAGACAUCUCGACCCAGACUGGAAGGCGAAAAGGCCCGACUUCUCAGCCCUGUUUUCAGCAUAGCCCCUAAAAACCCUUACGGCCCCACGAACACUGCAUAUUGUUUCAGCUUCUUUUAUCACAUGUAUGGGCAACAUAUAGGUGUUCUAAAUGUUUAUCUGCGUUUGAAAGGGCAGACAACAAUAGAGAAUCCACUGUGGUCUUCGAGUGGGAAUAAAGGACAGCGGUGGAAUGAAGCUCAUGUGAAUAUAUAUCCAAUCACUUCAUUUCAGCUCAUUUUUGAAGGUAUUCGAGGUCCUGGCAUAGAAGGUGACAUUGCCAUUGAUGAUGUGUCAAUUGCAGAAGGAGAAUGUGCAAAACAAGACCUAACGACUAAGAAUUCUGUUGAUGGUGCUGUUGGAAUUUUAGUACAUCUAUGGCUUUUUCCGGUCAUCGUCCUCAUCUCUAUCUUAAGUCCUCGAAGGUGACCUUAUCCUGGCAGAGGCUAUAAAAGAUUCACCAGGCACUGGCAUGAAGAAAGAGUCUUUGUAAAUGGACAUUGAAAAAACAAACUACCAAAGAUUCCUCCACUGACUACUGACUCAAAAAUAAAAUAAUAAAAACGAAUUUUUUAAAGCACUGGGGAUAAAAAGACAUCAUGGAAGUAUAACUUAUUCCAAACUACAUAUAAAAGAUAAUCUUGACCUGAGUAGAGAAGAGACCUUCAGGUGCUUUUGUGGCUAAAAAGAUUACAGCAUCAUCUGGUCAUCUGGUUGAACUCUGGAAAAAAAAAAAAAAAAAAAA